AUGUCUAAAAACUUCAUCACCGUCAUCUCCCGCACCCAGAAGACGGAGUAUAAUGAAUAUAGCUUGCUCUUCCUUUGCAACUAUACGCAACUAAACCAAGCUACAACAACAAGCACAACACAAGCAGAAUUUCUGAAGGCAAUUACCUCCGUCCUGAAAGUCAAGAUGAAUGGCAAUGAAUGCACGGACCCGCCUGCAAUCCAUGUGCAUCUUGACUGCCAUCCAUUUGCAUACCGCCUGCAUCCGCCUGCAUCCGCCUGCAUCCGCCUGCAUCCGCCUGCAUCCACUCGCACCCAGCCGCAUUCGGUUUCAUCCGCUUUCAUCCAUCUGCAUCCACGUGCAUCCAUCUGCAUUCACCUGCAUCCACUCGCACCCAGUCGCAUUCGCUUGCAUCUGCUUCCAUCCAUCUGCAUCCACUUGUAUCCACCUGCAUCCACCUGCAUCCACCUACAUCCACCCGCAUCCACCUACAUCCCCCUGCAUCCACAUGCAUCCACCCGCAUCCACCUACAUCCCCCUGCAUCCCCCUGCAUCCACCUGCAUCCACCCGCAUCCACCUGCAUCCACAUGCAUCCACAUGCAUCCACCCGCAUCCACCUGCAUCCACCUGCAUCCACCCGUAUCCACCUACAUCCACCUGCAUCCACCUGCAUCCACAUGCAUCCACCUGCAUCCACAUGCAUCCACCCGCAUCCACCUGCAUCCACCUGCAUCCACAUGCAUCCACCCGCAUCCACCUGCAUCCACCCGCAUCCACUUACAUCCACCUGCAUCCCCCUGCAUCCACCUGCAUCCACCUGCAUCCACUUACAUCCACCUGCAUCCCCCCGCAUCCACCUGCAUCCACCUGCAUCCACCUGCAUCCACCUGCAUCCACAUGCAUCCACCCGCAUCCACCUGCAUCCACCUGCAUCCACCCGCAUCCACUUACAUCCACCUGAAUCCCCCUGCAUCCACCUGAAUCCACCUGCAUCCACUUACAUCCACCUGCAUCCCCCUGCAUCCACCUGCAUCCACCUGCAUCCACCUGCAUCCACCCGCAUCCACCUGCAUCCACCUGCAUCCACCCGCAUCCACCCGCAUCCACCUGCAUCCACCUGCAUCCACCUACAUCCCCCUGCAUCCCCCCGCAUCCACCUGUAUCCCCCCGCAUCCCCCUGCAUCCACCUACAUCCCCCUGCAUCCACCUGA